UAGUUGAACUAUUCAUGAAGCUUCUGAGUUCAGUGUGGGAGUGGGGAAGGGGAGAGAGCCACAACCACUCUCUUUUUUUAAGAAGGGGUUGAUGAAAAGAGGAGAGGCUGCCAAGAGAUGUGCUUGAGUAGGAGGAGACUGCCCAGCCAACAUCCAGCUUUGGAUAUCACUCUCUCAAAAGGAAUAUGACAAAUCUGAAGAUAUUCCUGAGGAAGUAGCUACAGUUGGACAAGGGUAAAGAGGUGUGUGUUCCCAUGGAUGAUUCAAGCCUGUCCAGUAGUGUCGAUGUAGACAAAGGCUUUGCCAUUGCCUUUGUUGUUCUUCUGUUUCUCUUCCUAAUAGUGAUGAUUUUUCGGUGUGCCAAGUUGGUGAAGAAUCCCUAUGAGGCCAGCUCUACAGCUACAGAACCAUCUCUGAGCUGAAGUAUGAAAAAAACUGAUAGACUUCCCUUCACAGAUUUGAAAUCUCUUACACAGACAUUUAUGAAACAGACUGUUUAUUACUCCACCUCCCUAUUCCUCAGCCUCCUCCCCCUUGCAUUCCACAAUAGGCACAUGAGGGUGAGUUGAGAAUAAUAAUAGGGGUGAAACACAAGUUAGUCUGUAUUGUUCUAUUCAGGGAAAUAGUUACCAAAGCGAGGCUGAGACAGGUUGAACUUAUCUUUUAAAAUAAAGCCAUGAGGGGCUUCCCCAGUGGCUUGGUGGUGAAGAAUCAGCCAGCUAAUGCAGAAGAGGUGGGUUUGACCCCUGGUCUGUGAAGAUCCCACAUGCCGCGGAGCACCUAAGCCCAAGCACCACAACUACUGAGCCUCUGCUCUAGAACCCAGGAACCACAACUACUGAAGCCUGGCCACCCUAGAGCCUAUCCUCCACUGCAAGAGAAGCCACCACAGUAAGAAACCCGCACACAGUAACUGGAGAGUAGCCCCCUCUAACUGCAACUAAAGAAAAACCCACACAGCAACAAAGACCCAGCAUAGCCAAAAACAAAAGAAUAAAUAAAUUAAUUAAAAAAUAAGGCCAUGGAUUUCAAUCCUCCAAUAUCUAAUAUUCUUAAGAUAAUUAGACAGUUGGCCAUAAUUUUAUGAGGUAAUGUAAUAUAAUAUCAUGAUGCUUGGUAAGGUGCAUCUAAAACCUGAUGCCUGGUAAGGUGUAUCUAAGCCCUCCUAGAGGUGGUCUUAGGAUGUCCCUUUAGUUAUGCAAAUAUAAGGCCAGCAGGAACCAGUUAUCCUAUGAUAAGAAUCUAACAGGACCUUUUUAGUGUAUGAAGCUUAGUAAAAGCUGAUGCCCUUCUCAAGUGGGCAGAGUUCUGUGGUAGAGGGGAACUAAUUUGUCUUGGGUAACCCUCUAACCUCCCUCAGCCUACAUUUCCUCACUUACGAAAUAACAUCUAGUGAGUUGAAAAGGAGCCCUCAAAAUGAUAUGUCCAUGUCCUUAUCCCUGAAAUCCAUGAACAUGACCUUAUUUGGAAAGAUGGUCUUUGCAGAUGUAAAGUUAAGGAUUUCAAGAUGAAUUCAACCUGGAUUAGUGAGUAAGCCCUAAAUCCUAUGACAAAUGUCUUUAUGAAAGACAGAAGAGAAGACACACACACAGAGCGGAAAAGAUCAUGUGAAAAUGAAAGCAGAGAUUGGAGUUAUGCAACCACAGCUAAAGAAUCCUUGCCUGGAACCAUCAGAAGCUGGAAGAGGCAAAAAAGUUUUCCCUCCAGAGCCUUUGGAGGGAGU